AGAGAGAGCGAGAGAGCGCGCGCGCGAGAGAGAAAGAGAGCGAGCGAUGCGUCAAGCACUCGUUCCAGCAGCUCGCCUGUGGAAGCUGGUUAGCGAAAUCGUCUGCUGAGCAGCCUGAGGAUGAACCAGAGACGGGUAUCCCAGCCCGAUAGCAUCUCACCCACAGGUUAUACCAACAACCGCAGGGUCAGGAGUCGUGACAACUUACUGACGUGCGAUGAUUUCGGAGAGGAAAACUGCUGCCCUGGACAUUGCCUCGGCCACAGCAGUUCUGAGAGGCAACUCAUGGCACGUUUGACCGCCGUCAAGCGCCGUCAGGCCCUCCGCAGCCCAUGUUACAUAUUCUCCACUCCCUCAAGCAGCCUGUCAGAGGCCGAGCAGCGCUUCCUGGAAGCCGCCGAAUAUGGAAACAUUCCAGAGGUGCGGCGCAUGCUGCUUCAUAUGCCCGAUUUAAACGUCAACGCCGUGGACUACAUGGGCCAGAACGCACUGCAGCUGGCUGUGGCUAAUGAGCAUCUGGAGGUGACAGAGCUGUUGCUGGGGAGGGCGGAUUUGGCAAGAGUGGGUGACGCCCUCCUAUUAGCCAUCAGUAAGGGAUAUGUCCGUAUCACAGAGGCCCUCCUCAGUCACCCAUCGUUCAGAGAUGCCCAUCGUCUGACAGCAAGUCCAGCCCAGGCAGACAUACUGGAUGACUUCUAUGCUUAUGAUGAGGACGGCACACGGUUCUCUCACGAUGUGACCCCAGUCAUCCUGGCCGCACAUUGCCAAGAAUAUGAGAUAGUGCACACUCUACUGGGUAAAGGAGCUCGCAUUGACCCCCCUCACGACUACUUCUGCGGCUGCGACUCCUGUAACUACCAGCAGCAGUUUGACUCUUUUAGCCAUUCACGGUCAAGGAUCAAUGCCUACAGAGGCCUCGCCAGCCCUGCCUAUCUUUCCUUGUCCAACGAGGACCCGGUGCUGGCUGCUCUGGAACUCAGCAAUGAACUGGCUAUGCUGGCCAACAUUGAGAAAGAGUUUAAGAAUGACUACUGUCGUCUGUCGAGCCAGUGUAAGGACUACGUGGUGGGCUUGCUGGAUCUGUGUCGCAGCACGGAGGAGGUGGAGGCCAUCAUGAGCGGAGAAACAGACAUGGAGGAGAGCUACGAUCUACCAGGACGCCCUUCACUCACACGUCUCAAACUAGCCAUCAAAUAUGAACUCAAGAAGUUUGUGGCGCAUCCGAACUGCCAGCAGCAGCUGUUGAGUAUCUGGUAUGAGAGUCUGCCAGGCCUCAGACAACAAACUACAGCUGUCAAAGUACUGGUGGUAUUUGCAGUGGCUGUUGGACUUCCUGGACUGGCUCUGGCUUACUGGAUGGCACCUUGCAGCAGGGUGGGGAAAGUGAUGCGAAGCCCCUUCAUGAAGUUUGUGGCGCAUGCCUCCUCCUUCACAAUCUUUCUAUGCCUCCUUGUCCUAAAUGCUGCCGACCGCUUCGCGGGCACCACUCUGCUCCCCAACAUGACCCAUCUAGAGCUUCCUGCAAGAAACCAUCUGAGCUCUGGUCCCGAGCCCGACCCACUGCUUCUCUACCGAAUGACCACGACGCCAUUCACAUGGAUGGAGAUCCUGAUCAUAUCCUGGGUUAUAGGUAUGAUCUGGGCAGAGGUUAAGGAGAUCUGGAGUCAAGGGCCGGGAGAAUACCUGGUAGAGCCAUGGAACUUUCUGGACUUUGGCAUGUUGGCCAUCUUCCUGGCUUCUUUCAGUUGCCGCUUCUCUGCUUUAAAACAAGCCCGGUUAGCCCAAACGUUGGUGCACACACGCUACACCACACUCAUCAAUGUGACGUUACCCCCUGAGAUAAACUACUUCACUUUGGCUCGCAUCAACUGGCUGCCGUCGGACCCUCAGCUUGUAUCUGAGGGCUUAUAUGCAGUGGCAGUGGUGCUGAGUUUCUCUCGGAUUGCUUACAUCCUCCCAGCCAAUGAGAGCUUCGGUCCCCUGCAGAUCUCCCUCGGCAGAACGGUCAAGGACAUCUUCAAGUUUAUGGUCAUCUUCAUCUUGGUCUUCCUGGCCUUCAUGAUUGGCAUGUUCAAUCUCUACUCCUACUACCUUGGAGCCAAACAGAACGAUGCUUUCACCACAUUGGAGGAGAGCUUCAAGACGCUGUUCUGGGCUAUAUUUGGCCUGUCAGAGGUCAGGUCUGUCGUGAUCAACAACGGACACAAAUUCAUCGAGAACAUCGGUUACGUCCUCUAUGGAGUUUACAACGUCACCAUGGUGAUAGUGUUACUCAACAUGCUCAUUGCCAUGAUCAACAGUUCUUUCCAGGAGAUUGAGGACGAUGCUGAUGUUGAGUGGAAGUUUGCUCGUGCCAAACUGUGGUUCUCCUACUUUGAGGAGGGCCGGACGCUCCCUGUGCCCUUCAACCUGGUUCCCAGUCCUAAGGCUAUUCUAGGAGUGUCUACCGCCAUCAAAUCUCUGCUGCUGCAAUACGUAGCGGGGCAUGGCCAUGGCAUAGAUGGAGCGCAACUUAACCAGAUUGGUGAGGUUAAAAAUUCAGGAUACAGUGGUUCCUCGACGCCUACUCGCUAUCAGAAAAUCAUGAAACGACUGAUAAAGCGGUACAUCAUCAAAGCCCAGGCGGACAAAGAGAGCGACGAGAUCACCGAAGGGGAGCUGAAGGAGAUCAAGCAAGACAUCUCCAGUCUGCGCUAUGAACUGCUGGAGGAAAAAUCCCAAAACGCCGAGACACUCGAGGGACUGCUGAGGAGACUAGGGGGGAUGAAUUUAUCUUCAUAGUAGAGCGACCACCCUUCUCCAGUGUGCACCUUAAAAUAAAGGACAUUACCUAUCAGAAGAAAUACCGGGUUCUCUGAUGUUGUUUAUCCAACGCCUCAAGAGUCGUUCACACACAAACCUGUACACCUCCCAACAACUCUUCACUUCUAACCUCAGGGAAGCUGAAUCAGUUCAUCUGGACAACCUUGUCUCCAGAUAAACCGAUUCGACUUUCCUGGGAUUCAACACCUACAUUAUCGAGGAGGCAUCAAGGCAUUGUCACUUCUAAGUUUCCCAUCCCCCUCUGUAACUUAAGAAAAAAAACAAUACUGAUUAAAAUAUGAGCAUGAUAAAAAAAAACUGCCAAAUGUUUAAAAAAGUGUAGUAUUAGAGUACAGCUCAUUGGUUGUAUGUUAACGUUUUGUGUUUUUUUUAAUAUAUUUCAUGUUUAUUAUUCUCAUGUCUGUGGCCAUGAGAAGUGACUGAAUUGUGUAUUCACAGGCUUGUUCAUAAUCGCUGGGCUCCCUCUCAGUUACACGUGGUGUCUUAAUCUAUCAGUGCCGUCAGGACAGCUUGUGUAUUUGGAAAAUAUGUGCUAUUGCAUUUGAGUAGCAAGAUGACUUUUAGCUUUGGCAAUCAGAAUCAGAAAUACUUUAUUCAUCCCCAAGGGGAAAUUGGGUAGUGAAUGGAUCUGCUAAUAUGCUGCAGCUCUGCAGCUAGACUGCACUAAUAUAUAUAUCAAGAAAAUGAAGCAGAGGGCAUCCAGGUAGCGUAGC